GAGGAAAGAGCAAAAAUAGAUGAGAGAGAGAGGGUGAGAGAUGGAAUGAGCGAGCGAGUGAAAUGACUGCACACUUCUUGAGCGCGAGAGAGAGGCACUCGUCCGUCCUCCUCGUGCGGAGCUGAGUGGGAUCUAAUCCGAGGAUUCCCUUCUCCGAGCGCUGGAGACUGCUGUGCGCCGCGGCGUGGGGGGAGCGCAGCGAGGAGGAGGAGGAGGAGGAGGAGGAAGAGGAGGAUGUGAAUAGAGACGGAGCCAGGGCUGCUGGCGUGAUACUUUACGCGAGGCAGGGGAAGUGCUGCUGUUACUCAGCCUCAGCUGCGGUGCCGUGCAUACCUCACUGAGUCGCACUUGCAGAAGCGCUCUCUCUCUCUCUCUCUCUAACUGCACCAAUCAAGGCUGGCUGAGAGCAGCAGGAGCGCCGCUGUCUGGAGCUGCUGUGAAAUCGGGCGCUUUGGGGGACGUCUGGAGGAAGCCGGCGCCGGAGGAAGUGAGCCGUUCCUGGGGAGGGAGGAUCCUGGGCUGGGCGGCAGCGCCGGGCGCUGACUGAGUCCUGGAGAGAGAAGAAUCUGAGCUGGGAAAGAGAAAAACAUCUACAGUGUUGCGAGGAACAUUUGGCCUAACAUUUGGUCCAUCCUAAGAGAGGAUGAAGCCCUCUUACCAACUGCCCCCAUAGCAGCACUCGUAACUACUUCCUCAGUUGCUCGGAGACGCUUUUGAAUAGUGAACCCUCCCUUCCUGUCCAGGAAACUGCUUUCCUUACAGCCACCUCUGCUGAAGACUGAAGUGUUCUGGGUCAGGGCUGGAAGAGGGGUGAAGAGCCUGUGGUCGACGUGUCGCUGAGUGCAGCGACAUGGAGGACCGCGAGUGCUAACACAGACAGCAAUAACAGAGCUACCGCUACCUGGAGCUACCGCUAACAAAAGCCACCGCUAACAGAGCCACAGCUAGCAAGUAACUGGAACUAUCACUAACAGAGGCACCACUAACAGGAGAACCGUGCACCUGGACUGGUCCGGGCUGCCUGUGAUUGGUCAAAUUUUAAGACCGUGCUCUGGGAUUGGUGGAGAAGACCCUGUAGCUACGGUGACCCGGCCAGAUCACUCUGAGAAGAACAGGCAGCCGGUAAGGAGCAGGGCGGGCAGGACGUCCCGGGUGGGGGCGGUCGAGAGGACGCGAGGGCGGGCGUUGAGCAUGAUGGAGACACUCCAGCUCCCCGCCCUCCAAGUCCACGGGGACUGCUCCACCGUAGGGGCGGGGAUGGUGGGCGGGGCCGAGGAAGCGGGGGCGGCGUCUAACGACCACACCCCCUCCCUGCGGCGCAAGCGCUUCAAGAUGCGGCGCAUGAAGAACGUGGCGAGCGAGCGGGAGGGGCCCGAGGGGGGCGGGACCCUGCGGCGGGCGGGGUCCGGUCCAGGCUCCGCCCCUUGCUCCACCUCCAAGGAGUACCUGCAGCUUCCCUCCAUCGAGAUCACGCCGUCCAGUGACGAGGACGCCCCCUGGUCCAACUGCUCCACCCCCAGCGCCUCCCCUCGCCGCAAGCGCUGCCUACUGAAGAAGUGGCUCCGGGUUCGAGAGAAGAAGGACGGCAGUGAGAGCAGCAGCCAGCAGAGCAGUCUGCAGAGCAGCCAUGAGGAAGACUCCACCCGCUUCCUGACUCCGUACAUCCGCGAGGAGAGGGCAGACAGUGGAGUGGACCGGCUGAGCACUGCCAGUAACUCGAACCGGAGCACGCCCGCUUGCUCGCCCGUCCUUCGCAAACGCUCGCGCUCGCCGACGCCCCAGAACCUGGAGGGCGAGACCAUGGUGGAGAAGGGCUCGGACCACUCCUCUGACAAGUCCCCCUCGACCCCGGAGCAGGUCGUCCAGCGCACCUACAGCCAAUCGGUGCACUCCGCGCGCAGCGGCGGCAAGAACUCAAAAAAAAGCCAGAGCUGGUAUAACCAUGAAAGACAGUACCUCCUGAGAGUCUUGAGUCCCACGUAUAAACAGCGCAAUGAGGACUUCAGGAAGCUCUUCAAGCAGCUGCCCGACUCAGAGCGCCUCAUCGUGGACUACUCCUGCGCUCUGCAAAGGGACAUCCUCCUGCAGGGACGACUCUACCUCUCAGAAAACUGGAUCUGUUUCUAUAGCAACAUCUUCCGUUGGGAAACGCUGCUGACCGUGCGGCUGAAGGACAUCUGCUCCAUGACGAAGGAGAAGACAGCCCGUCUCAUCCCCAAUGCCAUCCAGCUUUGCACUGACAAUGAGAAGCACUUUUUUACCUCGUUUGGGGCCCGGGACAGGACUUACAUGAUGAUGUUCAGGCUCUGGCAGAAUGCUCUGCUCGACAAGCCCUUGUGUCCCAAGGAGCUGUGGCACUUUGUCCACCAGUGCUACGGGAACGAGCUGGGCCUGACCAGCGACGACGAGGACUACGUGCCGCCGGACGACGAUUUCAACACCAUGGGGUACUGCGAGGAGAUCCCGGCCGAGGAGAUCGAGGUCAACGACAACUCCUCCAAGAGCGUGGCCGAGGCCAAGCCCGACGCCAGCCCGCUGCCCGCCAAGAAGGCCUUCGGCGGCAGCAACAACAACAACGCGCUCACCCCCACCGGGAGCGGCGAGGCGCCCGUCUCCUUUGAGCUGCCCCCAGUGGAGGAGUUCAGCAGCUGCCUUCCGGGGGACGACAUCCUGCCCAUCCCGCUGCCUGACAACAGGAGCCGUGAGCUGAGCAUCCCCGUGCCCGUUCCCUCGCCCUCGCUCGACUUCAACGACAACGAGGACCUGCCCACCGAGCUCAGCGACUCGUCCGAGACGCACGACGAGGCAGGAGAGGUGCAGGCCUUCCAGGAGGACCUGAACGGGAAGCAGUACAUCAACGAGGUGUACAAGUUCAGCGUGGACAAGCUGUACGACAUCCUCUUCACCGAGUCCCAGUUCAUGAGGGACUUCCUGGAGCAGAGGAGAUUCUCGGAUGUGGUGUAUCACCCCUGGAGGAAGGAGGAGGCGGGGAACCAGAUGCGUGAGAUCAUGUACACCAUCUCCCUCACCAACCCACUGGCCCCCAAGACUGCCACGGUCACAGAGACGCAGACUCUGUACAAAGCCAGUCAAGAGAGUGAGUGCUACAUCAUUGACGCAGAGGUGAUCGCGCACGACGUCCCCUACCACGACUACUUCUACACCCUCAACCGCUACAUGCUGACACGGGUGGCCAAGAACAAGUGCCGAUUGAGAGUCUCCACUGAGCUGCGUUACAGGAAGCAGCCCUGGGGUCUGGUUAAAGGCUUCAUCGAGAGAAACUUCUGGAGCGGACUGGAUGAGUACUUCAGGCAUCUAGAGCUGGAGCUGAGUAAAGCGGAGGCGGCGGCUACGGAACCGCACCGGCAGUCGCCGAAGGCCAAGGCGCUGAGGACGGCGACGGCGAGGCGCAGGAAGCGGCCGCACGUUCACCUCCGAGCCCAACACCUGGACGAGGCCCUGAGCACCGUCACCACGCCCGAGGAAGAGGAGGUCAUCCACCGCAUCAAACACGUGGCAGGUUCCACGCAGACCAGACACAUCCCUGAGCACGUCCCCGGCGGCUUCGCCCUGUACAGCGUUUCCAAGCUCCUCCUCAUCAUCAGCUUUGUGAUUUGUAUAAGCCUGGUUUUGCUGGUCUUCCUCAACAUAAUGCUCUUCUAUAAGCUGUGGAUGCUGGAGUACACCACCCAGAGCCUCACCACCUGGCAGGGCCUACGACCCCACGAGAGCAGGCUGCCGCAGACGCAGACGGAGUGGGCGCAGAUCCUGGAGUCGCAGCAGCGUUACCACGACGACGAGCUGCAGAAGUGGAGGGCCAUCAUCAAGUCCUCGGUCCUGCUGCUGGAUCAGAUGAAAGACUCUCUGUUGAACCUCCAAAAGGGCAUCGGCUUGAGGGACUACAGCUCAGAAACAGAGGAAAAAAGGAACCGCUAUCACUGACAAAAAGCAAAGCCCAUGGCCAAGAGGGGAACGGCGUGCAAUAUGACAAUACUGACACGGACACGUGUGCAAAUGAGGGACGACCAAUGGGAUAGCGGGGAUUCUGCUGCUGCCGUCACCCACCAGACCACCGGCAGGAAGUGCCAUCACCCUAAACAGGAAGUGGGGCGCUGUCACCGUUGAGGCAUUACGAGGAAGACGGCAGUGCUUCACCUCGGCGUAAAAUCCUAUCUUUUUUUUCCCUCUCUGUUCUAGAAUGUCAUACCGUAAGUUUUAAUUGCGUACAAAGAAAACUAAAAAAAAGGAGUCCAAUCAUCAGUGACCAUGACAACGACAAAGAAAAAAAAAGAAACAAAAGCAUGCAAUUAAAAAAAAAAAAUCUUUUAAAUGAGGAUUUGUAUUUGGAUUCCUGCUCGCUCUGUCUCGGAAGAAUGACGUCGAAAACAGACAAGGGCAGGGUUUAUUUCUUCCCCACAGUUCUAGCACUCCCUUGACUGUUCCCAGAUAGACCGUCCCCCUAGUCACGAGCUGCAGUAUCCCUUACCUCCAGUGUUGACUCUGGGACCAGGUUAACUCAUUGAGCAUCAAACUGUAUGCACAUGCACUGAGCUUAAGUUCUAAGACAUGAGUCACAGAGAUAUAUAUAUAUAUACGUAGUUAUGUGUAGUUAUAAUUUUUCUAUUGGAAUUGAUCUUUGCUGACAGGGCUCUUGUUUUGUUGCCAUGUCCACAUGGAGAGUCGGGGGCUGGUUUCCCCGAUAGCUAUGUGCCAUGGCGCUGUGUUCAUUUAAUCAUGAUAUAUGGUUACACCUUUUUUUUCCCUGACGUGAGGUUUGUCCCUAGUAUUUAAUUGGAGAAUAAUUGUUGGACAGGACCGUCUGUCUCAGCGACAGUUGGGACUGUAUACUGGAAAGUGCUGACAAAACCAGGAGGGGGAAUGUGAGGAAGAUUUUGUUUUCUUACUUAGGUUUGAGUUGAAGAAAUGCCGACUUUACCAGCAAUAAAGUGUCUACUUUUUGUCAGCUGCUGUAAGCUGGGAGCUUUGCAAAGAGCCUUCCCCAUGAAUCAUGAAAGCUACAAUUGCGUGGGCUUCCCCCUAAAAAUUUGAAGCUCCCUCCACAGUAUUGUGAAGCUAGAGAAGCUGUCGGAAUGUGGUGAAGCUGUCAGAAUGUUUUGUUAGGAGUGUUCAAACUAUGCAUCGGUAAAACAGACCCAACAGCGUCAUUGUUCACUGAUACUGUUGCCUUGCAUCAUGGGACAAUGAAUGGGGACUGAUGAUAUGAAAACGCACCCUGUCUUUGAGAUGAGAUGUCUCUUCUCCAUCCGCUGACUAUUUUCAUUCUCAUCCCCUAUUUUGAGCGGGUAACUCACCUAGUGUUAAAGGGCCAGGUCUUUCAAAAAAAAAGUUCAGUGGCACAAUCUGUUUAUUUGUGACUUGUUCAGUUUCUUUUACUAAGUUUUGGGGUGUUGUUACCCAAAUAAUUUUGUCCUACUUUAAGUAUUGCAGUCUUAAUCCAUGUAAUUGUAACUACCUACUCUUAACCUAUUCGGCCAUUGUUUUUUUGUUUUUUUUAUAUUCGUGAAAAAGUGUCACUGCAUUUGCAAGUUAUAAAUCAGUUCCUAAGCAGAAUGUACUCUUAACUUGGAGUACUGCAUGGUCCUGAGUGAGGUCUGCACAUAAUUGUGAGUAAGGACCUAUUUUUGAAGUAUUCUUUGUUUGAAGAGACAAUAUGAAUCUGUUUGAUCAGUAUAAUGCCACAGAGAAAGGUGCUACAUACAUCAGUGUAAAAACUUCAUGUGAGUGAAAACAAGGAUGAAGUGUGUAAUAGUUCUUUAUGUGUGAAAAUGUGGUCACAGAACUUUUUGCCAGCAUUUUAUAUAGGUCUUGCUGAAAGGUCAACAGGGGGCAUUAUUGAGUCCAGACUAAAAUUUCAGUUUUAAGAGUUGGCCGUUUUGGCGGAAGUUCCUCCAAAAUGUGUAAAUUCUCUGCAAUAUCAGAAACUGACUGAUAACCAGGGAGAUGGGGGAUGGGGUGUGGGAUGAGGCAAAUUUUUUUAUUUAUUUUUAUUUUUUUUUAAAGGGAUGCUGCAGCUGGACAAUGUGGGGCAACUGUUACUCAGAGAAUGUUUGAUUACAAAACUGUGAAUAGCUCUAUUGAAAUGACUUUUAAGUUGGAAAAGAAUAUAUGAAGUAUACACAUAUAAGAGAUGCAGAUAUUUAUUGAUGAUCUAUGUACAGCGUAUUAAAAAAAUAAAUUAACGGAGCCCAAGGAAUGUUGAAGAAUUAAUGGGUGAAAGAACAUGCUUCUUCGGCUACAUCCUCAGACUUGUCCGUCACGCCGUGUCUUUUUAAUUGCAUCAUGGGAAACGUAGUAUGUUUGUUUGUUUUGCUUGACUCCAUAGCCCGAGCAUGUUAGACGUAACAGCCAAACUGCCUUUUGUCGUGCUCAGUUUAGCCAUAUCCUGCCAUGUCCUGGCUACAGCUCACAGCCAACCAGCCAAUGCGCAAUCCUGCAAUCUGGCAAUACUGCGAAAGUACUGCACUGCGCCCACACUUCAUUUCAUCAAAACAACAGUGAGGUUUUGCCCCUUCAGUCUGAAUGUCUGUAAGCAGCUAACAUUAACAACCUCGAACUCUGAGACCACAUGCCACAUUCCAGGUAAUGUGACCUCAUCUCUGUUUAAAUACACAGUUAUGCUUUUCAGUCUCCUCACUGUUAUUGCUUACAGUGAAGCUCAUUGCUCAUAAUUCAGCAUCUUCUCUCUUCACUGUCGAGACCUACACAUCGUAUAUCACUUGACUGUUCCUGUGGUAGUAUACUGCCCUGUCUGAACACCUUGCACACCCAGAGGUGGCCAGAGAGUAGAAGUCCUGCCACGUGUUUCUUCCACCCAUGAACUCAGCCAGCUGAUUUCACUAAUUAGUUCUACCUCCUAGCUGAAGAAUUAUGCUAAUUAGCAAAUCCAGGUGAUUGGAACGAAAUACUGAGGAGGACCUUUACUUUCUGAGCCUGGAUUUUAUGGGUCUGUAUGCACCUUGCGCUUGAAUGUUUUUACUGACUGAUUUUGCAAAUGGCCCCCGUGCCCCUCAUGCCAGUAUUCUGUGCACAGAAAAGAAAAAAUGUUCAGUGUAAAAACCAACUCUAAUAGGGUACUUUUAACUGGGUGCAUGUGGUCCCUAUUGGGCUCAUAUAAACUCUGUUUCAGCUGAUUUAACACUGAGAACUUUAGUGUGUAUACUUUUGAAAAUAAGUGUUCUUGGUGAAGUGAAGUUCACCACACUUUUGCUUAAACACUGAAGAAACACACAUGGCAUGUGGACAUGUUGAAAGCUGCACAAUGACAGUAUUGUGAAGUGUGUUAACCAUCGUUUGCAUAAUAAUCAGUUUGUGGUAUCAUUCAAUGCACACAGCAGUUACAAUAGUGUUUCAGUGCAGAGGGGGUAUAUGAGAAACUAUAGUCAUGUGUAGUGUUCAUGUGCUGGCUCUCUAAGAGCCUCCAAUUCCCAUCAUGCAUUGCAUUAAAUGUAAAAACCCAUCUCAUGAACCAAUUUAAUAUGACCAGAUGGAAUAUGCAGUCUCACACACACUUGAUAUGCAUAUACUGCCCAUUAUCUCUGCUUUCCUGGCCCCGUCUCAAAGCUUUACUGCAUUUUAUAAAACUGGAAAGUGGUGAGAAAGAUAGCAGAGUAAUAAUGUUGAUAAUGAAGCUUAAGAAAGCUCAGAAAUGUAGCUCAUUGCAUCGCCAUAACUGAAUCAUCAUAUAUUGCUGUUUGUGUGUCAUCUAUUUGCAUUUUUACUGUCCCUCACAGAUGCACCAUUAGCAUGAAUACGCUUUUCCCAUACAGUUACUAUAACUACCAUCUCCUCCAUUUCCUUCAAUACUGUUACAGGUGCUGCUUGUGUUUAAACGUUUUUGAAAGUUCAACACUGUCUACCCCCACAUGCUGAUUCUGUGUGAAACCCAGUCUAUUUUUGUAUUCAUUUCAAUAUCUGUGAAUGUCAAGGGAACAAUAUGUUGUGUACUGUGUGAAGCCACCCGGGGAUCUGUCUGUCAGUACUGCACUUCUGUGGAUAACACAGUCUGUUGAUUUCUGAUAUAUUUGGACAUAUAUUAUAUUUGUUUUUGGCCAAAGGUAUUAUGUUGUGUACGGUGGAGCACCUGCAGGAGCAAUGUCAAUGACUGUGAGAUUUGGAAAGGGAUAACGUGCCCUUUUACUGAAUAUUUACUUUAACAAUAUGAAUCCAGGGUUUUGAUUGGCUGUGAUGGAAAUGUUUCUGUUUUAUAGAAAUUAUGACUUCUGUAAUGUGGCAAGCUCAAUACAUGCAAACAUAAUGACACAUUAUUGUGAUUGAUUGAUUUAUAAAAGGUUAAUCCAAUCUGUUUGCAAACUGUCACUAUGAUUCAGGCUAUAACUUGGAAUGUAAAAUGUGAGCUAGUUUGUUACAUUUGAGAGGAUUUUGCUCUUCAGCAAUGAUAUUGCUAUGGGGGAAAUGUGAUCAUUGAUCUAUAAAACCAACCACAUUGGAAGAGUAUCCUAGCCUAGCCUCCUAGUCAGUUUUACAUUAUCAGCUAGAGAAGUGACAAACACUUUGUAUGUUGUUCGGUCUCAUGACCAAACUGACAUACAUUAGAUCGAGUCUCUGCAUGCCAGUUUUAAAUAACUGAAGAUGACACUCCAUCCAUUUCUGCCCAAACCUGACCAAUCAGGAUUCUGGAAAUUUUGAAUGAUGUAAUAGAUUUUAUGCUAAUCAGAGAAUGAAUAAAAAAGUCAGUCAGCUUGUCUCAAUGUUUAAGAAAAAGGUAAAGAGUCUGAAUGUUAAAGCAAACAAAGCAUUAUUAUCAUUUUUUAAAGUAUGUUUUUUCAAAAGCAACUAUAAACCAUGAAAUUGAACACUCAAACCAACCAACUCAAACUGUUUAUGUUGUUCAAACCAAAUAAAUCAAUUGUCACAAUAAUGCAGAUUAUACAAAAUGAAGGCUGUGUUCAGUAAGAUGUUAUUCAUAAUGCAUUUGCCAUUUCCGUGCAUAUGCCAUGCUAAACCUCUGAUUGGUGGGAGAGAGAGCAGCGUGUAUCUAUGGUAACCCGUUAAUUGUUGGCACUGCCUUUUAUGGAAAGCACCUCUAGUUUCACAUCCGUCCAGACUCCAUAUACGGAAACCAGGGGAAUGUGGUACACCCAACCUCACACACACACACACACAAGAACGGAAAAAAUAUCUUGUCAACAAAAUAUCAACAACAAAAAGAAACUCAAAAAUGUUCUUCAAGAGUGUCGUGGCAUUAUCUAACUGAUGUA